GGUCAUUUAUUUGCAAUUUUCUAAACCAAGAAUAGACAAUUCCUCCCCCUCCUCCUCCCUCCAUAUAAUGCGAUGUCAAUUGAAUACAGAAAACCAUUGUAAAACCAUUGGGGGGAAAACAAAUUCCAUCUUUGAAUAAUUUGUUCAUCCCAUCUGAAUUCUCUUAUAAUGGACAAAGAACAAGAGGAGAUUCAGUUUAUUGGGUUCUUCAGCAUAUUCAAAGAAUCAUUCAGCCUGGUCUCAACAUGGAAGAAGAUUUUCUUCCAGAUUACAUCCGCCAUGAUCGUCCCCCUCUCCUUCAUUUACCUGGCACACGUCGAGAUCUCCGACCUCAUUUUCACCAACAUCCUCCGCGACGAAUACAUCAUUGACAGAAUCCAGCGCGGGACCAAGACGUACAACAAGAUAUCCGAUGUCCUCUCCUCCGAAUGGACUGCGUUCUGGCUCUUCAAGAUCGCCUACUUCAUCUUCUUCUUCGUCCUCGCCCUCCUCUCCACCUCCGCUGUCGUCUACACCAUUGCAUCCAUCUACACUGCCAAGGACAUCUGCUUCAAGAAGGUCAUUUCUGUUGUCCCCAAAGUCUGGAAACGCCUUAUGGUCACUUUCCUGUGGAGUUUUAUGAUCCUUUUCGCUUACAACGUCAUGGCCAUGCUGAUUAUGAUUCUCUGGCUGGUAGCAUUGGGUCCUGGAGCGAUCGGGGUGCUCGUUGUUACACUUUUAAUGGUCAUCUACAUGGGGGGCUUUGUCUAUAUCACUGUUAUUUACCACCUCGCGAGUGUGGUGUCUGUGCUAGAAGAUGUACAUGGAGUCAAUGCCAUGAUCAAGAGCCAAGAACUGAUCAAGGGUAAAAUGGGUAUUUCUGUGGUCAUUUUCCUGCUUAUGAACAUGGUUUUCUUUGGGAUCCAUACAGGGUUUGAGUACUUUGUAGUGCUUGGCUACGUGGGAGGAGGAGAUGCAGGGAGGGUAGCGUGUGGAAUUUUGUUUGUGUUGUUGUUGGCGGUUUUAAUACUCUUCGGACUCACCACCCAGACUAUCAUCUACUUCAUUUGCAAAUCAUAUCACCACGAAAAUAUCGACAAGUCCUCACUUUCAGAUCAUCUAGAGGUUUACCGUGGAGAAUAUGUUCCUUUGACGUCUAAGGAUGUACAACUUGAGUCAUUUCAUGUUUAAUAUGCGCGCAAUUAGUAUGUCACUUUUAGUUUUUUGUAAAAGAACGUACCGACUACAUACCUUGGUAUAUGAUGAUAUAAAUGUUUGCAGAAAUGUAUUAGAUUCAUACAAGCUAACCUCAACCUUAUGGUCAGAGAGAAUGUAUGCCCAAUGCUUGAUUUACUUUGGUAGAUGGUUCUUCAUACAAAAACGAGUAAGAUCAUCUAACGUUCCAAGAAAAAUCCAAUAAUUCGAGAUUAUUAUU